AUGCAGGACGAGGCGGUGCGGGCUGCACUGGAGAGCGGCGCGUGGCGCGAGAAGAAAGACCCCAAGUCCGGCAGGACGUACUACGUUAAUGCACGGACGCGCGUCUCGGUCUGGAACCUCGCGAGGGAGCUUUCCAAGCCGCAGCAGCGGCAGCCCUCCGCGGGGGAGGCUGCGCUGAGCAACCAGAGGAACUUGCAGAAGCUGGCGGCGGAGCGGCAGGCGCAGGCGAGGCAGUGGCAGGCGGAGGAGGAGGCGCUGGUGCAGCGCGUGACAGAGCUGGAGCGGGAGAAGGCGCAACUCGAGAGCGAGGUCACAAUUCUGCAGGGGCCGACAGAAGCGGAGGCGGCGGCUCUCCAGGAGGAGCAAAGUCGGCUACAGGACGCGAAGCAGAGUCUUGAAGUUGUUGUAUCGGAGGAGCUGCGGAAGCGGCGGGAGGCUACGGCGGAGUUGCAGCGGCUGCAGGCCCGUUUGGCGGCACGGCGGGAGGAGCGGCGGGAGGAGCUGGUGGUGCUUGAGUCGCUGAGGAAGCGACUAGAGCAUCUUCGUGAGGAGCACGCGGAGGCCUUGGCGGAUCUGCGGCGGGAGGAGGCGGCUGAGGAGUCGUUGCAGGACGGGCUGCAGCGCGAGGAGCGGCAGUUGGAGGAUGCGUUGCGCGAGGAGGCGCGCCUCAAGGAGUUCCUGAAGCUGCGGGAGAACGAGGUGGACCGCAUGAAGGCGGCGCUCAAGGCCGUUUGCCAGCGCAGGGCGGCACUGCAGCAGCAGCACCAGCAGCUGGCGGACGAGGUCGCGCAGGGGGCGGUGGGGGCGGCAGCGGAGGACGCGGCAGGCGGGCCCCCGGGGUUCUCCCCCCGGCUGCUUUCCCGCCUGCAGCGCGGGGUGGCGGCGCGAAAGACGCAACUGCAGCAUCUGCGGCGGCAGCAGCGACUUGGGUCGGAGGCGGGGUGGAUGGAGGCGGAGACCGCCGAGCUGCGGCGCGUUACGGCCUUGACGGAGCGCGAUGUGCGGCGGCUUGCGGAGUUCUCGCGAGAGUUGAGUGAGCAGCUGCGGGCGGUGGCGCCAGUGCUGGAGGCCGUCAAACGUGAGGUGCAGCAGCUGGGGGAGGAGGAGGCACAGUCGCAAUAG